AUGGUCUGUCCCCCAGCCGUUCACUUAAACCCAGCAAAAUAUGAAGAUCCACUCACCUUCAAUCCAUGGAGAUGGGAUGGGCAAGAAAUUAACCGAGCAACAAGACACUUCAUGGCAUUUGGCGGUGGCAUAAGAUUUUGUGUUGGUACAGAAUUUACAAAGGUCCAGAUGGCAACUUUUCUACACUGCUUGGUCACAAAGUACAGUUAG